GGUGCGGGGCCGUUGCGUCGCUGGUUCCCGGGAUGAACGUCACGGCCGCUUUGCGGGGAGGCCAGAGCAGGACAAGGCGGAGCUAGCGGCGCGGCCUACGAGGACCGGCCUCGGAAGCCCCGCCCCGGUGCCUCCCUGAGGGGACCGAGCGCGGCAGUCACCUUUAAACUAUGUGGAAAUGGGGAAGUGGUGAUGAUUCAAUCCCUAAUUCUGGACUUCAUGGCACUUCUCAAGCAGCAAGCAUGUCAGCUGGUGACUUAACUGAGCAGCUGGCCCAGAAUAAGCAACUGAUAACACAACUCAAAGAACUUGUCAAGGAAAAGGAGAGCGAGCUGCACAAUAAGGAGCAACAGUUAAAGGAUGAAAAAGAAGCUUCUGAAGCUAAGAUUUCCAAAUUAAAGCUGCAAAACAAAGCCAAAGUAACAUCUUUAGCUUCACAAUUAGAGGAACUUAAGAAGCAGCUGUCAGGUGCUGGAAGUAAAGAAGGAAAAUCUGAGCAAAAGAAAGGUUCUAGGGAUGGUGAUCAGGAUAAUGCUGCUGCAAGUCGUGGAAAAAUAUUGGUACUUAAAAAGAAAAUUGAAGAAUUAGAGUCACAGAAUGCUCAAAGAAAUGAAGAACUUCAGAGAAAGACUGCUGAAGUGGAUGCUGCACAUCAACGGGGGGCAGAAAUUGAUGCCAUGCUUGCUGAGAAGCAAAAAAAGCUAGAUGAAAAAGAAGCCUAUAUCAUUGAUUUACAGUUAUCCUGUGGAUCAAAUAAUGAUGCCAAAGAAUUACUAAUACUUAACAAUGAAUUAAAGAAUCAUCUUUCCACAAAGGAGGCUUCAUUACAGAGUAUGCAAAUCCUAGUUCAGAAUCUUACAAAGAAAGUUGGAGACAGUGAAGAAAGAUGUAGCCUCCUCGAGGAACAAAUUAAAAACCUUAAAAGCCUUCAGAGUAAAGAGAAGGUGCAUUUCCAGGAAAGAGAAGCCAUGUAUACGCAAAAUAUUCGUAUGUUUCAGAAUAUUAUACAGGAAAAAGAAAAAGAGCUGAUGGGACUGGCCCAAAAACAUGAGCAAGAACUCUUUAAGAUGGCUGCUAAAUCUGAUGCUAGUGCUGAUCUAGAACAGUUAUUGAAAGCCUUGAAACAGAAGCUCCAUGAAAAGGAAGAAGUCAUGCUUGGAAGAACACAAGUGAUAGUUAUGUUGCAACAAGAACUGGAUGCUAAAGACCAGCAGCUCAAAGAAAUUAACGAACAUCUGAACCGCCUUCAGUUAGAAAAAGAUAACCUCCAAUCCAAAUUGAAUGCUGAAAAGCAUGUAAUGCGAGCACAGCUGAGAGACAUGAUGGAGAAACAUGAGAAUGAAAUGAAAGAGGUCAAAAAGAGUCACAAUGUAGAGAUCCAAGUGCUCCUAGAAAAGCAUGAAACUGAGUUGCAGGAAAAAGACCAAAUCCAGCUUCAACUUCAGAAACAAUUGGACAAAUUAAGCUCUGGUGGACAAAAUGAUUUGGAACAGGCUGUUGAUAUAGAUGCUGUAAUUAAACUAAAGCUGGAACAGCUUGAAGCUCAAGCAAAACUGAAAAUGGAAGAGGCCAGCAAAUCUGAGGCAAGGUUCCUUAAGAUGAAAGCUUGGUCGAAAUCCACAAUCAGACAGCUUGAAGAUGAGCUGAAAAAUCUUACAUCAGCAAGUGUCAAUGUAACUGCCUUACAUGACCGGAUUUCAGAAUUGGAACAGGAAAAGGAAGACCUACAGUCCACACUACAAUCUUUUACUGAACUUAAAACUCAAAAUGAAGAAUUACUGGCUAAGCUGGAAGUUUAUGAAGAGCAGCAGCGAAAAUUGCAAGCAGAUCUUGAACAAGUUACGAAGAGGGCAGCUUCACAGCCUAGUGAAUCGGGAAGUGUGGAUGAACUACAGAGUCGGCUUUUGGAGUGGCAAGAAAUUGUGACUGAAUCUGAAGACGUACACAAUCAAAUUAGGGAGGAAAAAUCUGCGAUGGCUCUAAGAAUGGCACAGAUUGAAGAAGAGAGAGAAGCCAUAGUCUCAGGGCAACAGGAGCUGGAGGAGGAACUGGCCACAGGUCAAGGGAUUGACAGAAUGCAGCCGGAGAGAAGAAAGAUGGCCCAGUCCAGCAGGAAACUCCAGGAAGAUUAUGGUUUCGAUGGAAAGCAGUGCUUUGAAGAGCUGAAUGUGACUUUGGAUAGCACUGAUUCAGCUGAAGGAGAAAACAUGGGAGGUUGGUGGCCAGAGUACACUUCUUCUAACACAGGUUUACGGACCGUAGUGGAAGAGUUAGAAUUGGAAAGAAAUCAGUUGCAAGAACAAAUUCUCUUUUUGGAAGAACGUUGUCGGGACUUUGAAGAUCGAUUGCAGCUCCAAAGCAGAAUGGAAGCUCUACAGGUGACAUUUGGUGUAGAGGAAGAAGGGCUGCUAUUGAGGGCUGUACAGAAUGAGAAUGAUCGUUUGCAGUCCCAGCUUACGCAGCUGCGCAAUCAGCAUGUACGCGAUGCGGAGAAACAUCAAGUUCUUGUUUCCAGUUUCAAUGAACAACUUAAAGGACUGAAUGAACGGAAUGGUUUGCUUGAAAGUUUGCUUGGGGAGAAGGAUCAAAAGAUUUCAAGUACAACAGAAAAACUGGAACAGAUAGAAUACAUGAGAAGUUCACUUCAAGAGAGAGACCUUCUAAACAAGGAACUGAGUGAAAAGCUUUUGCAAACUGAACAGAAGUUGGAGGAUGCCUUAAAGAAGUGCAGUGCUUAUGGUGUGGAGUGUGCAGAACAGAAAGCCCUUAUUAGUGACCUAACUGAAAAAGUUGCUGCCUUUAAAGAAAAGACUGUGAAACAGGAUGCUGCUGUAGAACUAAUACGACUGGAGCUUGAGCAGACAAAUGAAGAACUUGAUAGAUUGAACACAAGCCAUUUAGAAGAGAGAUCUCAACUUAUUCAAGACCUUCAGAGACGGGAAAGAGAAAUUGACAACCUCAAAGAAGUUGUAACUGAAAAAGACAAAGAAAUUACUGCUCUUUCUUCCAGUAUGACUGAAUACACUGAACAGAUUAAUAUUCUGAAAUGCCAGAUCAAGUGUAAAGAGGAUGACAUACGAGAGAUGGAAGGUGCUCUGGCCAGGGUUGAAAGGGAAGCCCAGUUAUUGAAAGAUGUACAAACAGCUGAUGUGAAGGACGCAAGCAACAAGAUUUCAGAACUUUCACAGCAGCUGAGUACAAUGGAAUCCAAGCUGGCAAAGGAGAAACUUGAAAAUGAAUCCAGAACCAAAGAAAAUGAGGAUUUGUUUAGCCAAAUCAAAGAGUUCAGCAAAACAGUGAAAGAACUUAAUUUGGAAAUCAAGACCCAUGAUGUUAUUUAUACCAAUAAACUCAUGGAGUGUGAAUCCCAGAUUAAAUUGCUUAAAGAACAGAUAAGCAAAUCAACAGAGAAGCUGCAUGAAACAGAAAGAAAAUAUAAGGAAGAAAUUGAACAUCUCAAAUCCCAGCUUGAUGAACAUGUCUCUGCCAAGGAAAAACUGAAUAACUUGCUAAAAGAAAGAGAAAACAAAGAACAAAGUUUUAUAAAUGAACUGAAAUCGGUGAAAGAUUUAUACAAUCAACUAACUUUAGAAAAUGCUAAAAAAGAUGAAGAGUUAGCGAAGUUAUCCAGGCAGCUUGCUGAACAUACUGAACAUCUAGAGAUGGCCACAAAAUCUUUGCAGGAAAAAAACAAUAUCAUAAUUUCAUUAAAAGAUAAACUUAAAACCGCAGAGCAGCAAAGUGAGAAGGAAAAAAUCAAGUUAGUUGAGGAGUUGGAUAAUAAGGAAAUGAAGUUAACCGAAAUUAAUAAUAAGCUGCAGGAGACAUGUGAAAUAAUUACUAAACUGGAAACAGAAAGGCAGGCUAGCAUCCUGACAAAUAGCCAGUGGCAGGCAGCUCUUGAGCAGAAGGAAAAAGAGUUUGCAGGUCAGCUUAAAACUAUGGAAGAUCUCAGCAGUGAGGUGAAAACCAUGGAGAGCGAGAAACAACAAUUAAUCAGUGAGAAUGAGAGCUUGUCUAAAUUACUGGAUAUAAAAGAAUGUGAGCUGUUGAAGCGUGCUCAGACUAUGACUGAAAUGGAGAGUAAAAUGUCUGCCACUGCCACUGAACACCAAAGAAUACUUUCAGAAGUUAGUCAUGAUAAAGAGACAUUUAAAAACAAGGUGGAAGAACUUUCAAACCUUGUAAAACAAAAAGAAAAUUCAGUUGCAGAGCAGUUAAUAGAAAAACAAAAGGAGUGUGGCUUGUUAGCAGAUCAGCUCUCUAAAAGCAGAGAGCUGACAGAACAGUUAUGUGAAGAAAUAAAAAUGUUUAGUAUUCAGUUGCAAGAUGUCAAAGACAGAAUGAUGGAAAAAGAAGGAUUGUUAAGUCAAAAAGAGUCAGAAUGUAGUAAAAUGGGUCUACAGCUUAGCCAAGAGGAAGAAAAAGUUUCAUCAUUACAGAAACAAGUUCAGGACAUAAAAAUUGAGCUUGAAGUUAAAAGCAAAUCUCUAGAUGAAAAAAGCAGGCUUAAUGAUGGCUUACUUAGACAAAUAGAAGAAAAACAAGUCAAUGUGGUAGAACUGGAGAGAGAGAUAGAAAGACUUCAAGGUGAUGGUAUCCAAUUAUCUCAUCAGCUUGAAGAAAAAGACUCUGUUGUGUCAUCUCAAAGGCUAGAUCUUGAGGAACUUCAAAAGCAGAUUGCCAAGAAAAUGGAAGAGUGCACAGCAUUAAGUGACCAGAUAGUAUUAUUAGUCAAAGAAGUAGACAUUUUGAAGUGUGAAAAGGACAGUGCUUUGGCCAUUUGCAGUGCAAAAUCAAGUGAGUGUGAUGCUUUUCAGCAUCAGUUAACACAACAUCACAGUGAAAUUGUCUUCACAAAACAUGAAGCUCACAUGUUGAAAUUGGAAAAUGAAAAAAUGAAAGCAGAUAUUGAAACAAUAAAUGCUACAUUUUUGAAAAAGUGUGAGGGAGUAAUUCCCUUAAAUGUGCAGUUGUCUCAGCAAGGUUACAGUGUUUUUGCCUUCACAGAACAAAUUGAUACCUUAGUCAGUGAAAUAAAAACUUUAAAAUGUAAUUUCCAUGCUAAAGAGACCCUCCUUUUCCAAAAGGAAGCUGUGAUUGAGCAAAUGAAAGAAAAAAUAGAUGCAGGUGAAAAGACAUACUUAAAGAUGGUUUCAGAUUUGCAAAGCCAAGUACAGGUUUUACAUUGUGAUAUUGAUGAACUUAGGAAAGAGGUACAAGAAAAAGAAAAUGAACUGAAGAAGCAGACCCAAGAAUUAAAAUUGCUUAAAAAUAAAUCAGAGGAAUCUGAUUUGCUUAGAGUUCAACUGUCUGAGAAUAUGGAAAUAAUUUCUAACCUUCAGAGUCAGAUUGAAAACAUGACCAAAAAAACUGAAGAAUUAAGUCAGUCAGUUACACAGAAAGAUAACUUUUUAAGACAAAAGGAGGAAGAGUGUGUUAAUUUGCAAGCAUGUAUUUCCGAGUCUUCCUCUGUGCAGCAGAAACAUGUACAAUCAUUGAUAUCUGAAGCAGAACAAUUAAGAGCAGUAAUUUCUGAAAAAGAGUCCAUGGUGAAUAAUACUUUAUUGCUUGACAAUAAAUUGAAGGCUGAACUUCAAGAGAAAGAAACUGAAUGUGAAAUGUCGAGGAAGCAAGUUAAAGAUUUGGAAGAAUCAAACUUUAAUUUAAAAAAAGAAAUAAAUGAUCAGAAGAACAUCAUAAAUAACAUUAACCGGACACUGGCAGAAAAAGAAGCUUCUCUUUUGAGUAAUGUCUGUCUUGUGGAAAAACUAAGAGAGGACCUAAACAGAAAUGAAGAAAAAUUGCAGUUGAUUUCUCAGCUUCAUGGUCAGAUCAAUGAAAUGACCCAAGAAAUCCAAAAAUCAAAAGAACUAGCACAGGUAAAAGAGGAAGCUUUCUUGUCACUGCCGGACAAAUUUGCUGCUCAAUAUGAACAAAAAAACAAACUCAGUGCUACUCUGAAUAAAAAUGAGGACUGUAUUUCUGAAUUAGUAAAUUCUUUAGAGCAGAAGGAUUUGAGUGUGCAGCAAGCUGAAAGUAAGGUUCAAGUUCUUACAAAUGAAAUUGAGCAACUUAGAGAAGAACUACAAAAAAACUCAGCUACACUUAAAAAGGUUUUGCAAGAGAAGGAUGAAAAUAUUGCAAUUAGUCAGAAGAAACUUGACACUUUGUCAGCUGAAUUGGAAUCUGCCAAAUCAGAGUACCAGAAAACAUUGGCACAAGCUGAAUUAUGGCAGCAAAAUGUUCAAAACAGAGAGAGCGAGUUGCAGGUUUUGCAGGAAAAAUGCACCCAGCAAGUUAAGCAUAUUGAGUACGUAAAUUCUGAGCUCAGUGUUGUAAAUUCUAAGUUUCAAGACUACCAAGAUCAUAUACUUUUAAUAGAAAAGCUGGAACAACAAGUGGAUACUUUAAUGAAAGAUAAAACUCUUUUGCAGGAGAAUGUUGAUAGGUUCAGUGUGGAAAAUGAACAGCUAGUUAAGAACCAGAACCAACUGCAGCAGAAUGUAGAAAAACUGAAAGAACUUAAUGAAAAAUUAGAAAGCAGUGAGAAUGAGUCACGAAUGCAUCUAAGUGCCAUCACUUUGCAACUGGAGAAUGAGAGAGAGCAGUUGCAGAUGCAGGUUAGUGUGAAGUGUAAAGAAGUUGAUGAAUUAAAGCUUAAAGUUGAAAAGCUAGAACAUGGUCUCCUUGCAUCAGAAAGGAGAUGUGUGACUGAACUUGGUAGGGCAACACAACAAAAUGAAAUUAGUCUUAAACAACUGAAUGAUGCAGAAAGGGAACUGAAAUCUAAAGAUGCUCAGAUUCAGUCUUUACAACAAGAACAGGACAUGAUUAAAAAAGAUCUUACCAGUUACUUGUCUGUAUUAUCACACAGUGAGUGUUUCCUCAAAGACAGUGAUAGUGAUGCUUAUCAGCAAGUAAUUGAAAGUAAGACUAUUUUAGAACAAUUAUCUGCUCUGAUAGAUAAGAUUCUUAACCAAGAGGCUGAAGCAGAGGCACUGCAGCGAGUUGUGCUAGAGAGAGAGAAAGAGAUGUAUCACUUGAAUAUGCAGUUAGAAAGUAUGCUGUCACUGAGGGAGGAGAAAGAACAGAUACAGAAUCAGUUGGAGAGGGUCAGAGACACAAACCAAUCAGAGAUGAAAUAUUUGUCAAAUGAACUGAGUAUUGCUAAGGAGGCAUUAUAUAAGCAACAGUCCCUUUGUGAAGAAAAGGGCAUAGAAUUAACAGACAUGAAGAAGAAGGUUAGUGUUCUCCAAGAAAAAAGUGAUGAAUUGGAAAAAGAACUUGAAAAUAAUUGCAAGAUAUUGAACACCCAAUGUCAAAAAGAAGCAAAACUUGCAGAAGAAGUACAGUACAAAAGCCAGGUGAUAAAAAACUUAAUUUCUCAAAGUAGCCAACAGAAGGAUUUGAUUUCUACUCUAAGCCAGCAGCUGAAAGAAAAGGAUUGUGCAGUUACUCAAGUCAUGGAAUCUUUAACUAAUGAGAUGGUAAAGUUUUCUGAUGAAAAAAAUGUACUUACUAUCAAACUACAGCAAUUAGAAGCUAGUCAAACUAGCAUAGCAGAAGAACAAAUACAAAAAUAUAAAAAAGAAUGUGAACUCUGUCAAGUUAUAUUAACUAAAAAGGAAGAAACAAUUAAAGACUUACUGGAUGAAAAGACACAAAUUAGUGUUUCUUUGGAAAAAUUAAGUCAAGAAAAAGAUAACCUGAAAAAGAAGCUUCAAGCAUCUUUGAUAGUGCGGAAGGAUUUAAUGCAGAAAAUUGAAAAUCUUGAAAAAACCCAUCAGGAAUUUACAGAAAGAGAGGAUAAAAAAGCACAAGGAGUACUUGAGCAGAUGGAUGAAAUAACAAAGCAAGUUAAAAGUGCUGAAGCUCUCAAUAAAAAUCUUGAAUCUCAACUUGAAGGACUAAAGGAACAAUUGUUAGAAAAAGAUGCUAAAAUAUAUGAUAUGAGUGAACUAUUAACCACUAAGACAGAGUACUUGGAGGAGUUACAGAAUAAUUUUACAGAAUUAAAAGUUGCCCUUGCUGAACAAAAUAUUAUGUCUGAUAAGAAUUUAAUAGGUCUACAGGAGAAAGAUUCUCUUCUUCAACAAAAGCAGUCUGAGCUCACUGAGAGAGAAAGAAUGUAUGUAGAGGAACGCUCUCAGCUUUUCUUAACCAUAGAACACCUCAAAGCUGAUAUAGCCAAGAAAGAAGAAGUAUGUGAACAAAUGAAUGAAACAGAAGAUACAUUGCAUGCAGGAGGUUCUUGUAGGGAUAGUACACAUUCUCUUAGCGAAAUUCAUCAGUUGCAGAAAGAAAAGGAAAUUCUGCAAAAGAAACUCCAGGCACUGCUUAUGGCCCGUAAAGAAAGCUCUAAAAAAAAUCAAAAAAUAAAAGAGGAACAUGAUACACUACUAGCAAGGAUUAAUGAAAUAACAAAGGACUUUGAAAUCAUACAAGCAGAAUAUAAAGCACUCCAAGCCGUCAAUCAGAAAAAGUGUGAAGAAUUGCUUUUAUGUUCUCUUCAGAAAACACUGGCAUCUUCUGAUAGUGUAAACUCUGAAAAGGAUGUUCUCAAGAAAACUGAAGACACUCAUCUGGAAGAAAUUAAAAAUUUGAAGCAUGAUAUUCAACAAGCAAACACCCAGAUAUCACAGAAAGAUGAAGAGAUCAGAUAUUUGCAAAAUACUCUUAAGGAUCUCAAAGGCAAGUUUGAUCAUGGAAAUGAAAUAAUGAAAGAAGUUUCACAGCUGCAACAAAGUUUAGAGAAUAGUCAAGAAGAAGCAAAGCAUUUUAGAACAGCCUUUGAAAAAACGAGGCAAGAGAGAGAAGAGUUCUUCAACAACAUGGAAAAGUCAAAUACAAAUUUACUCAAUAUGAAAGAGGAGCUAAGACAUGCCAGAGGGGAAAACAAGGAACUAUUGAUAGAGCUAAACAUUUUGCGUAAGAAGGUUUUACCAAUUUCUAAUUCAGGCAAAAAUGUGGUAGUAUGUGUAGGAGACAAUAAACAGAACACUGGUAUGCAGCUGCAUCCAGACAAUGUGUUGCAAAACAGAGACCAAUUAACAGAGAAUUCUAUUCCACUCUUAAAUGCCUCUCCCAGAGAAAAAGAAUCACUAGAUGCCUCUCAUACUGGAAGAAUGACAUUAACAGAAAGGACUGAUCAGGCACAGGUAGGAAUAAAUCUUGGAAAGAUAGAAAAGAACGAAAAUGGAAGAAAUGAUGAAUCACAAGGACAAAAAGAUGAUCCUGAAGAAAAAAGCAGAGAACGACUUCAGAGAAAGCUCCAGGCUGCUUUGAUAUCACGUAAAGAAGCUCUGAAAGAAAACAAAAUUCUAAAAGAUAAAAUAGAAUCACUAAUACUGGAAAACAAACAACUGGUUGAAAAGACCCAAGACCUUGGACUUCUGCUAUCUCAGUUGAACCCAGAAAAACAGGAACUGAGGACUGUGUUGUAUAAAGAGGAGAUGCUUGAAACAGAAAAUGCUAGGUUGUUAAUUGAAAAUGAAAACUUAAGUGCUGCAUGUGAAAGUCUAAAAUCUACUAUGGAAACUAUAGUCCAGGAGAAGGAAGCAUUUUCUUUUCAGUUGAAUUCCUUAAAAGAUUCUCAGACAGUUGAAUUAACAAGUUGGAAAGCUAAACACAGUGAAUUAAAACAGGAGUAUGAGUCUCUGCUUCAGGCCUAUGAGAAUAUUAGUAGUAAAAUAGCAGAAAUGAAGCAAAUUAUUGAUGUCAUUAGAAAUGAAAAGCAGAAUAUUCUCCACCAGGCGAAAGAAAGCGAAGCUAAGAAACAGGAGGUCGAAAAGCUACUUCAAAGAGCCACUGAUGAAAACAUACAUGUGAAAGAACAGCUAAAGCAGUUAGCUGAAUCUAAACAGCAGGAAAUCAAGGAGUUGCUGAUUGAAGCAGAAAAACAAGCUUCUAAGCACAAUUUGUGCUUGGAAAAAUAUCAGAAAAAUAUUGAUGAAUAUAUGCUUCAGGUCAAUCAACUAACCGAGGAAAAUAAGCAAUUAAGAGACAUUUCUGAAACAUUAAAGCAGACCCUAGAGAAAAAUCAGAAGGAAAAUGAGGUCCUUUCUAACAAUUUUACUGUAACAAAAUCUGCUUUGAGGGACCUCCAGACACAGUUGGAAUUGGCCAAGCUUGAUGCACAGUCUAAGAUCAAUGAUAUCCUUAAUGAAAGGGAGUCAUUAUUAAAUCACAUUCAUUUGGUAAAUGAAGGUAUCUCAGAAAAGGAAAAAACUUUACUGAUCUUAAAAGAAGAGAAUAAAAUUAUGUCAGAAAAGUUAACAGAUGCUGAAGAAUCUCUGUAUAAGAAAGAACACUCAUUAUCAAAGUUAGAAAAUGAUUGUAAAAAUCUUAACCAAGAAAUACUAAGCCUGGGUGAAAAAAAUAAGAUAUUAGAAGAUGACAAAUGUGUCUUACAGGAAGAAUUAGAGAAUGUUCAAGAAACAUUUUAUAAAGUGAAAAAUGAGAGAGAAUUUUUAGAAAUAGAGUUGCUCAAUCACAGCAAAAAAUUGGAUCAAGCAACAGACAAACUAAAAGCCAAGCAAAUUCAAAUCAGCGUACUUGCCCAGCAGCUAGAUGACUUAAAAAAUGAGAAAUGCAAUGUAAUUAGAGAAAAAGAAGAACAACAGCUGCAUCUUGUCAGAGUAUUUGAAGAAAAAGUAAAAUCUGCUCAGAGAGACAAUAGUGGGACAAAAAACAAAACAAAAGAAUUGCAAGAACUUCUCAGGGAAAAACAGCAAGAGAUCAACCAAUUGCAAAAAGAUUCUAUUAAAUAUCAGGAGAUGAUUUUAGACUUGGAAAAAUCUGAGAAACUAGCACAGUCAAAAAGUGAAAAAAUUGAGAAAGAUUUAGACAACGCAGAAGAGAAGCUUAGCAAAUCAAAUAAAGAAAUACAAAAGCUAACUGAAAAGCUGUCUUUACAAAAAAGUUUGCUGGAUAAAUCCCAAGCUGAAAUAGAGCAAUUAGCAAAUGAGAACCUAAAUAAUAAAAAAGAACUUAAAAAGAAAGAAAAUCAAGCAUUAAAUCAGAAAAAAGAAUAUGAAAUCCAAAUGGAGUCUAAUCUUCAGCAGCUUAAAGUAACUUGGCAGAAAGAAUGGAUCAUCUUAGAAGAAAAAUGCAGUGUCCUUCAAAGAGAGAAAGAAAGAAUCCUUAGUGAACACCAUCAGUUGCAAGAAGAAAUUGAUGUAAGAGAUACUCAGAAUAAGAAACUUCAAACUGAGCUAAACGAUGCUUUAGCCAGGUUGGGUGCUUUUGCCAAGUGCAUGUCAUCCCUUCAAAAUGACAGAGAAAGAGUCAUUGAUGAAAUGAAGGUUUGGGAGAAAAAGUUCAAAGAGGCAAUUGAAAAUAAGCAGCAACAGAUAGAGACCCGCAAUCUAACAAUAGCAUCUUUACAAGAAGAAUUAAAGGCACAUAUGUCUCGAGUUCAAGAACUGGAGGACAAAGAUUCUGUCCUAGAAGAACCUAAGAACAUAGUACAAACCACUGUGGAUUCACACCAUUUCAACGAGCUUUCGAGAAUAAAGGCAGAAAAUGUCAUUCUGCAAAACAGGCAACGUGAACUGGCAACUACUCUGAAAAUAAAAGAAGAUUCUUUUCAGGCACUGAUCAAAGAAAAAAAGUCUUAUAACCAGCUGAUAAAAAAUAAUUCUACAGAAAAAGAGAUGGAAGCACUAACACAUAAUUUGACAAGAAAAGAGCAGGAAGUGGAGCAGCUUCUUUUGGAAAAAAGUGAGAUCCAAGCUGAGUUGGAAAAACAAGUUGCUAUUUCUGACCAUAUGAAAGCCAUGCUGAAUACGAAAGAUACAGAGAUUUCACUGCUGAUUUCAUCCAAGGAUACAGAAAUUUCAGACUAUCUUGCUCAAAUACAAGUUCAGCAUAGACAGCAGGUUACAGAUUUUGAGCAGCAGAUAAAGUCUCUGCAGGUGGCCAAAAGGCAAUCUGAUGAAAGUUGCCAGAGGAUGAAAAAUGAAUUGAAAAAUCUUCAGAAAAAAGCAGGCAAAACAGUUCAAGACAAGGCUGAGAUUGUCAGUACAAUAGAUUCCUUUAAAAAGGCAAUGUCUUCUCUCCAGAAUGACAGGGAUUCCCUGUUUUUGCAACAUAAAAAUCUAGAGUGUGAGCACAAAGUUGAUUUAUAUGAGAAAGAGAGACUUGUAGCAGAAAGUGCUAAUGAAAACCGAAUGUUGAAACAAGAACUAAGGAAGCUACGGAAUGAAUUAGAUGAUUUUCAUUCUGAAAACGCAAUGCUCACUGCACAGCUUAUAAAGUACAGGGAAGAUCUGAACCAGGUUCUGUCACUAAAAGAUAAUCAGUUGAAAGAAUUACUUACACAGAAAUUGGAAAACAUUAAGACUCUUGAACAGGAAAAACUUGAACUUCAGAAAAAAUUGAAAGAGAUGGAGCUGGCUGUGAAAGUACAGGAGGAGAACAUGGAGUCUCUGAGACUAGAAAAUAUAAAGUUAACAUCAAAAGCUCACGACUUGGAGAUUGUGAUUGCUUCCAUAAACAAGGAGAGGUUGGCUUCUGAAUCAAGGCAAAAGUUCUCACAUCAGGAGGGAGACAAACUUGAUCAACAGAAGGGAUUUUCAGUCAACAGCCAGCUUGAAGAAAAGUUGGAACAAAGAUUACAAGAGCUCAAGCAAAUGGUUGGCAAAAAUACAAAAGUUACAGAGCUGGAUCCUAAGUUAAUGGAAAAUGAAGUUAUUGAAUUGCUACAAAAGAGACUGUUAGAAGUUCAGUUUCAUAAUAAAGAGCUAUGCUCUCAAAUUGAAUCUUUUGGAAAAGCCAUGAGAGCUCUGCAGGAUGAUAGGGAGAGAUUAAUAGAGGACUUCAAGAUACUUCAGAGCAAAUAUAUUUCUGAGCUCGGAUCUGAAAAAAGAAGAGCUAACAAGCUUGAAGCUGAGCUCAGUGACUUCAAAUCAAAUGUCUUCAGUGUGCUCAAAGAAAAUUCUCUUUGGAAUCAAGAGUCACGAGAAGCUAAAAGCAAGAUCACUCCUGACCAAAUUACUGAUGAACUAGAAAAACUAUGUAAGCUGUUGAACACUCAAAAUCUUGAAAUUAACAGACUCUCCUCUGAGUGUGAGAAAUAUGCUCAGCAGAUUUCCUUACCCUCUGACUACGCCAACGAGCUUAGUUCUCUUAAGCAUAAUUUUGAGAUGCUUCAGGUGGAUAGGGACAGACUGGUAAAAGAAGGAGCAAAUGUAGCAGCAUCUGAGAUAGCAAAACUAAAAGCCAAAGUUGAUGACCUUGAAAGAGACUUGAACCAGAAAAAAACUUUCCAAGACGAAGCUGAAAAAGAAAGAACGUCAUACCAAAAUGAACUAGUUGCCUUGAGAAUGGAAAAAAAUCUAAUUCUGGCAGAAUCUCAGGCACUCCAGAAUCAAUUCCAGGCAACUCUUUUAGAAAAAGAUCACCAAAUGGCAGAACUACAAAAGGUGCAUUAUGGAGUAGUAUCUCAGGGAUCUAUAUCUGCUGGCAGUAACCAUCCAACCAAGGGGGUAGAAACUGUUGCUCUUGUUGGAAGCACAAAUGUACCUGAUCAGGUAAAUCAGCUGCUGUCAGAACGAAACCAGCUUCAAAAUGAACUCCAGCGCUGCCUUCAGGAGAUGCACCAGAGAGAGCUGCGAUUUCAGCAGAUAAAUUCAAAGGUAAUGCAGUCAGUGGAAGAAAAUGCUAUCUUGUCAGCCCAGCUAAAAACAGUAUCCCAGACUUUGCGCGAUAAUCAGCUUCGUUACACUGACCUGCAGAAUCGUUACUUGCAGCUUGAAAGGGAAUAUCAAGUGCAGGUUUCUUCUGUGCAAGGAAGUGCUCAGGGGGAAUCUCAAGCAGAAGUUCCUCCAGGAGCUCCCCAGGAAAGAGCUGCAGUUAUUAUCGAAAUAGACAACAUGGAACUCAGUGAACUCAGGAAAAGGCUUGGAGAGAUGGAAAUGCAACAUAAUUUGACACAACAGACUGUAUCGCAGCUAACAGAAGCACUCUCUGAAGAGAGGAACAGGCGACAGGCUGCAGAAGAAGCCCUGGGGCUCUCUGAGGAACAAAUUAAAAGGCCUGAAAUGAAUUCUUACAGAUCAGCACCUAGAGACUAUACUGUUCAGAUGGAUUCUGAUGAGGAAAGGGAGGCCUUAAUCAUCAAUACGAGUGAACAUAUUAUUGCCCGAAAGGUAAAAGGAGGUGCCCUUUCUCUCAAGAGAUGGAUUAGGGGAAGAAGCCUUUACUGCUCCAAGUUGCUGACCUCAAGGGCAAAAUCCCGAUAUCUCUUUCUGACUUAUUUGGUGAUCCUACAUCUUAUGGUUUUCUUGUGCCUAACAGGCAUGCUAUAAAUGCACUGAACCUGUGUUUGAAUUACUUUCCUUCAAAAUAAUGGUGUGCCAAUUUGAGAUAAUGAACUUCUCAUAAGCUGCUGUUACUGCUAUGCACUGGACACAGUUGUAUAUAUUCUCACUAUAUAAAAUGUGGGGUUUUUUCAACUUCUUCCUUCAUGAGUUUUAAAUGUACAUCACACUUGUUACAAAGUUGACCUGAGUUGCUCUUUAACAAUGGGAUACUAUAUUUGCUAAGAAAAAAUGUCUUAUCAAUAAGAUGCUGCUGCAAUUGGGAUGUGUAAUAUUCUUUGGGAAUAUAUAAUGAUUGAAUCCUAUUGAAUGGGUUGUACAUUAUAUCUUUUCUAUACAUAAAUUUAUUUUAGCAGAGUUAAACUAUAAAUUUGGUGGGAGGGGACAUUUCAACUGUUGGAUUUCUUGGCUUCUGGGUUAUAACAAGAAGCAUACAGAGUGCAAUAUGGGGUCAGGGAGCUGGAAUCAUAAUGAGUUUCUCAACUUUAAAUAAAAUCUUAAGAACUGAAAACAA